CUAGAUUGUGUCUAGUUGCUCCACAGAUACAAACUUCACCAGUUGGUGUGGGCGUUUGGUGCGCUUUCAACGAACAACACCUGAGUUCUCAGAAUACUUGAAGUGAUCAUAGCGUAGCCAGUCAAGGCACUGAGACUUUAACGCGGUGCUAAGUGUAGAUGAAGAGACUUUAAGGUCGCGUUUGUUUACCGCAAUUCAUCGAAAGCAAAUGGCAUCAGCAAAAAGUGAUAUAUUGUUGAAAUCAAUAGUGACCAUCAGUCUUUUAUGCGCAUGGAGUGAAGCCAAAGUUUUCACGCGAUGCCAGCUCGCCAAAGAACUAAUUCGUUAUGAUUUCCCGAGGACAUUUUUAUCAAAUUGGGUUUGCUUAAUUGAGAGCGAAAGCGGACGCAGCACUUCGAAGACGCUUCAGCUGCCUAAUACGAGCGCCAACUAUGGUAUAUUCCAGAUCAAUAGCAAAACAUGGUGCCGGAAAGGACGGAAAGGAGGUCUGUGCGAAAUGAAAUGUGAAGAUUUCCUUAACGAUGAUAUUUCGGAUGAUGCCCGUUGCGCAAAGCAAAUCUACAAUAGACACGGCUUCCAAGGUUGGCCUGGAUGGGUAAAUAAAUGUCGCGGACGUCCUUUGCCUGACGUACUAAAAUGUUAGUCGUUAAGCACUGAAGUCAAUAACAGGCUUGUUGGAAUGCAGCUCUCCCAUUCUGUUGCAGUAAAAAAUCUCUAUAUUUAUAUGCAUAUCAAUUGUUGAUUCAAAAGAGGCACCCUGAAGUAGGUGGAAAGUGACAUAUGUAUAUUAUACAUACGCGUAUUAAAUUCAUAAUUUGUCGAGUUAUCUGUAAAGGACCCUUGAAAUUCAGAAAUAAAAUUUCAGGAAUUCAAAAAUAGUAACCAAUUAAUAUACAUAUGUAGAAGAGCCAGAUAUGAAUAAGUAUUGGUAGUUAAUUUGCGAUUGUACUUGUCGAUCGAAUUUUUUUCAUGUCUUUUAUAAAAUUUAUAAGUCAACUUUGGUGGAUUUCUUUUACAAGCAAGCAUGGAUCCGGAUGACCCCAAAGUCUAUACCUUCAUUACCCAUAUUUUCUCUAUGGUAUGGUAUGGCUAUGUCUUCUCUCUUUUCUAAGCCGUUCUUCCCCAAGCGUAAUCAACUUUACUUCAACUAAAAACAAGUCGGAAACCAGAAGCUCUGCAUGCUUCCGGUAGGAAAGUAUUCCCGUAUAUGCAUUUACGGGGCAAACAUAUUAGGAGGUCUUCAUAAUUGAACCUAUUUUAUUGCAUAUAUCUAUCUAAGCUAUCCUAGAAUAUUCUGCAGAAAUUCCAAAGAAAAAUUUGCAUUCUUUUAAAUUUUAUGACAGGCUCCGGUUGGAGCGCCCAAGUUAUCUACGUAAUCUUCUCCGAUAUAGCGUAUUUGUACAUGCUCGGCGUGAACCCCUUGUACGAGUGCAUUUUUAUAUGUUGCAACUAUAUUUUUGUUGUAAUUGGAAUUAAAAAAUGUCUUCAUACCCGAAAGGGGACUUUUCAAACUAUAUUUUUUUUCAAACGUGUUUUUCUCAAAACGAUCUUUUUCAACCGAUAAUUAUGUUCUUUGGAGGUAUGAUUCUUUACAAAAUUAUGAAGAAUAUGAAACAACCUUUGAAAUGAU